UAACAAGCACAGCGUGUGCCAACUUGAUGUGACAGCUUUGAAAGGAAACCAGAGGUCCGCCUACAGCCACAAUGGUACGCGUUAGACGAGAAUGGCAAUCGUUUUGGAAGUUGCUUAACGGGAAUGGAAUGGAAUACAUCGCGUAAACAAUCCAUGUCUGCGACACGAUGACACAUCUAUGCUUUUGAAAUGAUACCGGUUGCUACGUUGUGCACAAUGGAAGAGUCGAGAGCUAGGUAAGUACGUGUCUAAAUUCAGCUGUACAAGUUCACAGUUCAACUUAUGUUACAAGUAAGCUAGUGCCACGUAGCCCUAUUACAAUAUCAUAUAUGCCUAGCAAAGGUUUUGAUUACCCUCCAGUAGCCAGAAGGGUUUUGAGUGGAAUUACGCGAAACAAUUCCAUGUUUGAAUUAAUUUGGCCACAGUGUUGCAGUUACUGUAACAUCAGACUCUGACGAUGACAGCCUGAUGAAGUCUGUCUUGGCAACCUCAGAAAAUAACGCCACAAAGUCAAUUGCGGCACACCAGGAAAGAGGUAGAAUGCAGGUUUGAUGGUUUGUAAACAGCAACAAUUCAACAAAUCCUUAUCCUGAAUACAAUGAAAUCCCAUGAUAUCAAACAACCCACAAAUUUCUAGUAAUAGUUAACUACGAAGUUGACGCCUUAUUAAUUGCUAGUACAGUCAUACUGGAAGCAAGAGAGAGGAAAGGAUCGAAAAAGUAAUGAGUCAUGAUAAUAAAAUUAGGGUAAAUUAUGGAGCUGAAGAAUAUAAUGUGAACAGUAAAAGAUGUAAAGCCUGUGCCAGUUUGUGCUAUACAUUUUAUGUUACUAUUAUUAACCUAUUUCCAGAAUAAAAUUUGCAUCUGUAUAGCAGAUACAUAAUUAAAAGUUGAAGUUUUGAGUGGGACAUGAAUUCAUAGUUGUUAAUUACUUCCUUGUUACCGGUAAUGUUUACAUUCUCUUCAUUUCAGAUGAUAGUCAAUUCAGUGAACUUUUUCGAUGCUUCCAAGAGGUGCUUGAGCAAAGAGAUGUCCAGCCCCUAUUUGUGAAUGUCAUCUUCGAGGAGGUAUGUGUUGAUUACCUGUCAUAUUUCGCUUGUCAGCCACCCACAGUUAUAUCAAAAUUUGACAGCCACAAUUAUUGUUCUCAUAUCACGUGCUUCCUUAACAUUUACUUUUUGAUAUUCACAAAAAUUGCUUAAUUGCAUAUAUCAAUACAUUGUUCUUUCUUGGAUGUUUGUUUGGAAAUGUAGAUGCCAUCAAGUGGCAAGAGCCAAGAAAGUUUUAGGCUUGGCCCUAUUUUACACUGGGAACAAUGACGAACACAUGGCAAGGUAAAUUGCUUAAUUACAACAUUUAAGUUCUUAAGUGCUUCCAAACCUAGAAAUAUUUACCUUAAAACUCUUCAACUGAUGAAGACUGUGAUGCUUAAGACACUUGAUAUCAUGUUUUGAAGCAAAUCUAUCUGUUAAGAAACCAAUGCUCCAUUGUUUUAAUAAAUUGAAAUCCUUUUUUUCCCCUUUGGUUUCACCUUAAAUAGGUUGUUAAAGUGCUUGGCACAAUUUAAGUCCAUCAUCUUGUGGAUUGACAAUGCUAAAAGCCAAACUGGAAGACAAGGUAGUGAUAUUGUUGAUUAAAAUAUAUACCAGUAUAUAAUAGAAUAAUAAUAUAUGCACAGGUUGUGAGAAUUGGAUUUAAAAGAAUUUAAUAGGUUUACAACCAUGAAAUUAACAUUUAUGGGUAAAACCAAUGUUGUUAAUGUUGAUGUCUAGAACCUGUCACUCUAAUCAGAUAAUUAAGACUCCAGAGAAAUGUUCCUUUCAUCAUAGCACCACCAACAUUUGUAACAAAUAGCUACCCCAAAUCAAAACAUAACAUUCAAAUUCAUUAAAAUACUUGAAUAUUUUCCUUUUGCAGUAAAGACCACAUUUGGAAGAAAAGCUCCAGUUAGUGAGUUGAUGAUCCUAACCCCAAAACCAAAUGACCCCUGUCUUAAUGUUUGCUUUUCAGGUAAGUUUAAAGAUUUUGCCAAUCAAUUAAAAUUAUCAAACCCUCUUAAAUAAAACAAAGAAUGUAUUUCUGAAGGCUAUUGUAGAGUCUGAAUCUGUAUAUUUUCCUUCCUGGUGUGCAUAAUAGCAAAAAUAGCUCAAAGACUUAUCUACUCUGUGGAGUCAAUUGGUUGAGGAGAUGCAUAUAAAUUUAAACUAAAAUUGUAACAUAUGAAAAAUUGCUGCCUUAAAAAUCUGUCUCCUUAAAUUGUCCUAAUAGUUCUAAACAAUGUUUUGUUUACAUCUUGAAUAAAUAUUGAACUGGUUACCAAGCUUUUAAGCUAGUUUUACAAUCAGCAUCAGACAUUUUGUUACACCUAGGAGAAUCCCUAAAAGAGGUAUCUGAUGAACAACUGGAACAUGCAAUUCGUUGCUUAUGUGGACUUUUACCAUCCACCUCUACAAAGGAUUGGUGAGUAAAUCAUUUUAGAAUAUCUAAUUUUUCAGUUUGUUAUAAAUGUUUUGGAUGCAGAGAUAAGUCACGAGCCAGAAAUAUCAACAAAAGGACAAAUUUCAUGUACAAUUACUGCCUUUUCAUGUAUCAUAAACAACACCCAAAAAUGUUGUCAUCUUUCAGCAAAAAGGUGGGCGAUAACAUAUCACAACAAAAUCUAAAGCAAAUAUCAUGUUUCUUGGUAAAACAAUCGCAUCAAAAUACAUAAAUAUAAUAAUAUAAUAAUUUUAUUUUUCCAAAGAAUUAAUGUUAGCUAAAACAUCUGAAAAUUUUCUUGUGUCAAAUUGGAUCAAAACAUUUCUCAGAGUUGACUCCACUCAUGAUAUUCAACUAUUGAUAAAUGUCUAAGAAAAUUCUAUAAACAUUUCAUUUAACUAGUCAAGUAGCACAAGGGUCAGGGACAAUUGCCCUAGGGAAAGAAGGAGCAGAAGAUUCCCCUAAUUUAGAGAAAAUGAAAAGGGUAAGUAAAUUCCUUAAACUACAAAUUAAACCAAAAUAAUUAUUGUUGCUGGAUACCUUUUUUCAAAGCAACAAAUAAUUUAAACCCCCAAUGUGCAAAAACAUGUUCUAUGAAUUUAAUUUGCUGCCAUAACUGGUGAAAAUUUGACAUAACCGUGGUGGAAAAGGAGUUGAGUAGUAUAAUUGUUGUGGUUUAACUUUCUGCGAAAAAGAAAUGCAAAUUAAUUUCAUGGUCAAUUAUUGUUCAAACAGCCCUCUCUCCUCUUAGUGUUGAUGUCUCUUUUUCAUGUGGUCAUAAAUUAUUGUUGCCAACAUCAACAAAGGGGGAAUUAUACUUGAACAAUUGCAACCAAAUUGAGGAUGAUCUUCAAAUAACAAAUUUACACUGUGGUAAGCUGCCUAUGCUGCAUGCUUUGGGUGUUUGACUUUUCUCAAUAUAUCAAAGAACUGAAAAAUAACCAAUGCUUUGAUAUCAGGUAAAAGCCAUGAGACAGAAACGUCUCACCCAAGAACCUGCUGGGGACUGUUUCCUCAUAGAGGUUCUCCUUGAAGAUAGCAGGGAAAUAAAAAGAAAUUUUGUGAAAUUUUUCACAAAAAGGAACAUAUCAAGUGAGUUCUCUGAAACAGUUGACUGCUAACUCAUUACAAAUAAAAUAGCUUAAAGUACAAUAAGGCAUAUAUAUAUAUAUAAUGCCUACACUCUAUACCAUGUCACACAUGGCCUUUAAUAAUGGAGCAUCAACAUGCUUACAUUCUUUCUCAUCAAUUGAUUUACAGGAGGUGUAUGACUGAGUUGGGCAGGAGACUUCCCAACAGUAUUUUACAUUGCAUCAAUUUGGAUCUGUUAAUUUUUUUUCUGAUGCAAAGCUUCACAACAAAAAUCUCCUCCAAUCAGAAAAACUGUGCCUGAUAACUAGGGUAAGUAACAUGUAAAAGGAUCUUGAAAGAGCCACGUAGUAACAAUUAAAUUCAAAAAACUGGUUUAUGUCUAUGUUGUUUCACAGAAACAAGAUGAAGCAACUGAAAUAUUUGGAAAAGAUGAUGAGGUGAGAAAAAUCACAUGGAUCCUUUCCUUCGUUAGUUUUUUUUUCCAUUGAUCAUAUUAAUUUUGUAACAGUUGUAGUUAACAUUCAAACUCUGGUUGAUUACAGGUGUCUUUCUAUGGGAAUUUUGAUCCCGAUCAAUCCCUUGAUUCCACCAUUCCUGGUAAGUGGAAAAUUUUCUCUUACUAUACCCACAGAACUAGAAAAGAAGAAAAA